GGAUUUUCUGAAGUUUCAGGGAGAUUGCAAGCCACAGCAGAUCAAACUGAUCUGGGUGUAGGAGGUUGGAAAGAUGCUUGCACUUACCUUCAAAACGCACAUGACCUGAAAUUCUCCACACUUGCCCUGGAAAUUGACCGUGAUGCUGCCUUGGCAUAUUCGAUUGCGCACAAUGUGCCCAUUGUGAACGGCAUGAAGCAUGUUGAUCCAGCUAUUGCAAGUGAGUUCAGAGAUUUGAUUGUACUCACUGACAUUGCUGGAGCGGGAAAUGCAUCCGGUUUGCAUUCGGAUCAAGGCCAAUUGAUCCUUAGAGCCAUCGCCACAUGCAAAUUGCUCAGGCACGACCUUUUGCCUCCCACGAAGAAACGCUUGGUGAACAAGAACCAUGUCCUCAAAUCCAGAUGCACAUCCGGCAGUGAGAAGCUUCAGACACUUGUUCAGUUUUUCAUCCACGACAAAUGGGAAAUUGCCUACCGACACUUGGGAAAUCAGAUUUGCACUCCACAUGCACUGCUCACCAUCGCCAACAUGCUUAACUGCCUAGGUAAAGUUGACAAGACCAUUGCUGUGACUGAUGUGAUCGCCAAUUUCAUCAACCAGCGAAACACGGUUGAAAAUUUGCACUUGCAGCACACCAGCAUUGGCACAUUGGUAGCCGGCAAAGCCAUGCAUCUCUCUGAUCAACAGAUCAAAAACAUUGAAGGAUUUCAUCAGGGACUGGUUGAUGGUCACGUGCCUUUUGAUCACGCAUGGUCAAUUGAUGGUUUUCAAAUGCUGGGUACUCAGUGUCCAAUUCCAAAAGACAGCCGUCAUGACUGGGGUGUUUCUCCAACGUUGCCCUUUGUCCCUUUCGAGAAAUUGCAGAUUUGCGUGAGCGGUGAAAUCUUGGAAGCCUGGGUGCACUCAGAAGUUCCCAGGGACAUGCUUCUCAAGGUAUGGAAAGGUGCUUUUGUGUACUUGCAGGAUUGUCCCGAAGCUCAGACUAGCAAUGUCCUUGUCCCAAAUGAUGCUGAACCUGAAGAUGAAGUCACUAACCAUGGGUUAGUACUGGCAGUAUUUCAGCGUGAGCUUUACAUUGCCAAACCCAGUCCAGAGGUGCUCCAAUGGCGCAAUGAAAUUGGAAAAGGCAAAGUUGAAGAUGUCUAUGGACACAUUGCCAAUGUCACUCCAAACAGAGAAAUUGUCACAUGCGGGUUCGCUCUUUCCAAGCAUGGCCCAUCGAGGUUUUCUUUUGCCAAGUACAUUCAUGCCUUGAAUCAAUGCCAGAUCAGCGUUCAGAGCAAGGCCAUGACAGGCCAGGUGCAAAUGUUUGUCCAGGGUUCUGCGGCAGCUCAGCAGACGAUCAUUGGAUUUUGGUCCCAGAUCCUUUCCCCAGAAGACUUGGCCAACAUGAACAUUCAGUUGAACGUUGAAAUGAGAGGCCAACCAGCUUGCCUGACAUGGACCGCUGCUCCCAAAUGUCCCAUUCCCAUCCAUGCCAUGAAACACAUGCUCAUGACACGAGCAUUCAGCCGAGCAUUGGAUUUGCUACAGGUCAAGAACGCCUUUGCAGCUGCCAUGUUGGAUGAAGGACAUGAUCUCACUUGGACUUCCAAAGCUGUUGAACAGGUCAUGACCGCAAUAGGUAUGAAGGAAUUGUCCAAGAUCUUCCAUACUGAUCAUGCCAACCGCUUUCGAUUUGCCUGCGGUUUUUUGGUACAGUGUGGAAUUGACAUACCCAAGAUCAAUCCCAGCAAGACCUCACAAGCCGCAUAUGCCAUCAAGAAGAAGAGAAUGGAGGUCAUGCCAAACCCAGAAAAUUAUCGGGCAGUCGAAGGUGUUUUGGUGAAUGAGAAUGGUCAGCACACAGCUCACAUACCCAAAUUUGGCGGUCACCUGAAUGGAUAUCACAUGUGCACUUCACAUGAUGCUGCCCCAUGGUUGCGCCAAGGUGAAGUGCUUUCCAAGGACGAACUUGCUCUGAUCAUAUUUGGAGAAGUGCCAGUUCAGACGCAACUUGCAUACGAACAGGUCACAAUUCCAUGCACUGAUGAACAGGGCCGAAAUGUCUUGGUUGCAUGUUUCCUUGUUCAAUGCGGUGAAAAGAAGGUCAAACUCCAAACUGGAGAUGGUCACAAGAUCGACACAGAUGGAACCAUCCUGACAGCUAUCACUUGGAGGAAAGAAGAUUGGCCAGAGCAAUGGCAGGAAAUCUGUCAGAAUCCAUAUAAAGCGUUGAGGGCUUUCCCAGGGGCCAAUGAAUUGCUUGUAUCAGUUUGGGGAAAAUCCUACAGGAACAAGAAAGCCACUGCCACUGCAAACUCAGCCGAUUCUGUUCAGGUGCACUGCUUGCUGCGUGAAGACAAUUUCAGUACAUUUUUGAAACUCAGCGGAUUCAACAAGUUAUGGUUAGCCCCGAAGUCAAAGGAAGGAAAACCACACCAGGCAUGGAAAGUGAUCUGGUUAGAUCCAACAACCGAUCUCCAGGCUGCUACAGUUUUGGCCACCAAAAUCCCAGACUCUGCAGGACUUGUAUGCCAAAAUGCCAGACUUGCUUUGCGCGUGCCAAAAGCCUCAUAUGAACAAGCAUGGACCAAGUUGUUUCCAAAUGUCCCAGUGCCAGCUGAUAUCGAAACAUCCCGAAUUUUUAAGAUUGAGAGUCUUCCUUUUGGAGUCACGAACAAAAUGCUCAAUGAGUGGGCAGUUCACAACGCAUGGAAACUGCGGCCUUUGCGAGCAGUUGGACCAAGAUCAUGGCUAGUUGGAACGGGGGAUAACCCACCAGCUGGCACCUUGCACUUUAACGGUGCUCCGCUCUUGGUGAGGGAACUCCAUGGACGCCAUCAAUCCUGGCACAACCCAAUAGUAGCGGGUCCGAAACCAACUCAGUCUAGAGUCCAGCAGCCUUCCAAUUAUGUCAAUGGUUUUUUCCAGCAAGACCCUUGGGCCUCAUGGAAUGGCACCAAGCCCAGCAACAACCAGAACGCUGUGCCAAGUGUCCCAGCGCAGCCAGCGGUGGUAGGGCCUACUGAAAAGCAGUUUUCUCAACAAGCAGAUCGCCUUUCCAAACUGGAAGAAGCCGUCAAACAGAUUCAAGUUGGAGCAUCGCAGCAGGCUGAAGCCUUUGACAAACUGCAGUUGGAGAACAAAAGACGAGAUGCAGACAACAAAGCCCAUCUUGAAGGAAGAUUGAGCGCAAUUAAGAAAGAACUGGAUGGCUCACUUGCAGCCGCUCUGCAACAACAGGCCAGUCAAUUUUCUGCCAAUUUUGACGAGAUCAAGAACCUCUUGCGUGCCAAACCCAAGCGCAAGACCCAAGCAGGUGGAGAAGAUGCUGACAUGUCUGUAACCAUCCCGGGCCACACAAUUUUUGCCAGCCGACUCAAAUUUCCCAAGUCCUUUGUUGAGCUUGACAUUGAUGACAAAGAUUGGGAAAACAUGCAAGAUGAAAAUGGUGAAAUUGCCAGUGCCACUACCAUUCCAACCUGGGGCCAAGCAGUUGAAAACAAUGUGCAUGCCGCUUUGCAAAAAGGUACAUGUUGGCCUGAUUGGCCCUUGCCCACAGCAGACUGGACGUAUCAUGCCCUGCAGGUGACAAGAUAUCAUACGGAGAUUGCGCUCAAGCAAGAUGCCACGAUCCAGCAACGUAAAGCAGAAUUUGCCAGAGCCUUGGACAAAACUUCCAAUUCCAAAAAGGCAUAUGCCACAGUGCGAGGCCCUGGGCUACCUAGGGUAACUGAGAUUGGCCGCAAAGUUUCCCUACAAGCCAUGAUUGUGCCUGAGAAUACCGGCAUGCAACACACAGCUUUUGCAGAUCACGUUGAACUAGCGGAUAUUGAAAUGCAGUACCCACUUGCUGUCGGUAAAUUUUCAUGCAAACUCUUGGAGAUCCAUGAGGAUUAUGUAGUUUUCCAGAGUCAUGAGCCUGUGCAUGAAUGGGAAGAAAAUACCACCUUGUGCCAACAUCAAUUCAUCAUCUCCCCUGCUGAACUUGCGCAGCAAUUGGAUGGAUUUUGGAAACCGAUUUGGCAAAGGGAUGAUGACAAUUUUGACUUUGUUCGCCAGACCCCAGAAAUGCUUGGUUUCCAACACCUACUUGCCAAUAUACCACCACAUCCGGAGAUUCAAAUCCAACCUGACGACAAAGACUCUUGGCAAAAGGCCAUCAAGAAAUUGAAGGCAAAUUCAGCAAGAGGGACUGACCUGAUCAGUGCUCAGGAACUCAAGAUGUUGCCUUGGGUUUUUAUCCAACGCCUUGCCACCAUCCUUGCUUCCUACCCUGAAGGUUUUCCGAAGGACUUCAUGCAUGGGCUGGUUUGUCCAUUGUCAAAAACAGAAGAAAUACCCAUGCCUAAUCAAACACGGCCAAUCACACUGCUGCCGCAACUUUACAGAUUAUGGGCAGCUGUCAUGACGGAGCAAGCCACUAGAAUCCUUUGUCAAUGGAUCCCUUUGGAUGUCACUGGACUGUUACCAGGCCGUGGGGCAAAUGCAACUGCCUAUGCAACUCAAUUUGCCAUUGAGCAGGCACGCCACAAACAUGCCAAAGUUUCUGGAGUGACACUGGACUUAAUCAAGUGCUUCAACUGCAUCAGAUGGGACUUUGGGUUCCAUGCCCUGUGCGCCCUUGGAUUUCCAAAAAAGGUAUUGUUGAUUUGGAUUGGAUCGCUCCGUGCCUUGACCAGACAUUGGCUCCUGCAGAAUCAAACCUUUGAGGCUGGACCAGGUACAACAGGUUUUCCAGAAGGAGAUCAAUUUAGCGUCCUUGUCAUGGUCUCUGUGGCAACUGCUUGGUGCACAUAUGCACGAGGCCAACUGAUUGCACAGCACUCGACCACCAUUUCCGCCUAUGCAGACAAUUGGAGCUGGACAUUGGACCUUGUGGAUAAUCAUUUGCCCAUGAUUAAGGCCACCCUGGAAAUUACCCAAAGCGCCGGUGUUGCCAUUGACUGGCACAAAACCUGGAGUUGGGCUACCUGCAAGUCCACUGCUGCAGCAAUCCAAGAGUACGUGCAACAAUGCCUGCCUGGCCAAAAAAUCCAGCACAAAGCCUCAGUGCCUAUCAAACUGCGGCCCAAAAGAAGCGAUGGCUUUCUACAGCCACGGGAAUGUGUGAACAUUGUCAGCAAGAAGACAGCAGGCAUGCCGCAUUUGCAAUUGCGCUUGACCUUUGCACAACAGAUGAACAGAGAUGUGCGUGCGCGUGCCAGUGCCAAUAAAGAUUCUGGUGAUAAGGAAGCAGAUCUUCAAUUUCUCCAGCAUUCCUCCUUUGGUGAAGCAAUG